UCCCAAGAUCCAUCUGGUAAAUUUAAUUUCUUUUAUGUUUAUUUCUUUAAUUUUCCUUUUUAUUAUAAAGUUAUGUUACAUUAUAGGAAAAACAUCCUCAUUCAAGCCACGUGGGGCUACUCGUGGCAUGUCAACUACAACUAUAGCUAAGGCAUCAUCGACAGGAAAGUUAUCGGUAACUUUUGAUGCAGAGUGUCGUCAACCAAUCUGUACUAAUGCUGAAAAAUUUAAUAAUGAGAUUGGAUUCAUUAUUCGAAAUCAUGGUACAUUUCAUUAUAAAGAGUGGAGAAUGGUCCCUGAAGAUGUGAGAGCUCCAUUACGACAAUAUCUUUUGGAACAUUUUGACAUCAACUUGAAUGAUGAGACAACAAAAAAAUGUAUUGAUGAACAAAUGAGAAAAGCUUGGAAGGGUCACAAGUACAAGCUACAUUUAUAUUUUAAAGAAAUUGGAGGAGAAAAUGAUGUUGAGAUGGCCAAAAACAAACGACAUCCAGACUUAAAGGAGGACCAGCAAGAGGAUUGGAUAAUUUUGUGUGAUCGUUGGUAUUCUCCUGAAUUUAAGGUAUCUUUUUUAUUAUAAUAUUUGUAUUAUGAUAAUAGUGUGUGGCAUGACUUAUUAUUUAUGUAUUUAUACUGUUAUUUAGUUGGCUAUAUAUUAUUGUUUUUGUUUUACUACUCAAUAUUAGCUACUAUUGUUUGGAGUUGAUAAUAUUAGUAAGAAGAAAGAUUUAUGUAGAGUGGAUUGAGUCUACUCUAACUCCACAUUACUUUGAUGUGAUCUUACACUAUUUUUCCUGGUUGGCUUUGUUACUGAUCUGUUUUACCAUUGAUUUAUUGGCUAGUAUUAUUUGGAUAUCAUAAUAUUAGUAAGAAAAAUUAUUUGUGUAAAGUGGAUUGAGUCUAUUCUAAUUUUAUAUUAUUUUGAUGAAAUCUUAGACUAUUAUUGUCGAUAUUUUGUUUUGUCCAUUUAUUUAAAGAUUCAUUCAAGUGUUAAGUAAUUCUAAUAUAUAAGUGCAGUUAUAUUUGAGUUUAGUAUUGUAUAAUCAUGAAUGAAUUGCAUCAGGUAUAAUGUAUUUUUUGUACAUCAAAUUUAUUUUCUUUUAUUCUAUCUAAUUUUAACUUAAGUUCAUACUCAAUUUCUUACGUAAUAAAACUCUAGGAUAUAUACCUAAUGACCCAUAUGCGUAGAUGUAUCAUGGAUCAUGAGUUAUCAUGGUACUUAAGGUUCAUUUUAUAAACUACUUAGUACUUACCAUGUAUAAUUUCUCUUGACUUUCAAUAAUAUUUACAUGUUUUAUCAUUGUUUAUU